GCUGCUGUGGUAAGGAGGUGGGAGCCUCCGCUAGUCUCUGCAGCCUCCUGGUGACAGCGCUACUGUAUCUGCUGCCGCUGCAAAGGGGAAGCUGCUCCGGCUUCGGGAUGAAGACUGUGCUGCACAACUCUUGCCUCGCUGCUGCCUCUUUCCUUCUCUAUGUCGUUACCAUUGCAUCUGCACAUGCGUCUAAAGAAGAAAUGACAUCAUCUCAGAAUCCUGUGAAAGAUGGAGACCAAACGUUGAUGUCUUUGGAACUAGAGGAAGUGGUCAUUGUGAUUCAAAGUCAGAGUAAUUAUUUUCACAAAAAGAAAGCAGUAGACCUGAAAGAAAAUAUUUUAAAGCAGGCAUCUGAAAUCAGCAAGCAUCUGCCUAGAGUGCAUCUUAUCCAUGAGGUUUCAAGAAAUGAAGGCGCAUGGACUAUUCUUCCUGUCAUUCCACAUUUUGCAGAUACUUAUAGUAAAAAUGCAUCAUGGAUAUUUUUCUGUGAAGAGGACACAUCUGUAAAACUCCAAAAGCUUUUGAAGACGCUACAGAGAUUUGACAAAUCUAAGAACUGGUUUUUGGGAAAAGCAUUACAUGAUGAAGAAUCUACAAUAAUACAUCAUUAUGCAUUUGCUGAAAAUCCUUCAAGCUUUAAGUAUCCAGAUUUUGCUGCUGGUUGGGCUCUUAGUAUGCCACUUGUAAAAAGCAUUGCUCAUAUCCUGAGAAACGAUCCACCUGCUUCUGAUUUUACAAUUGAUUUGAAACAUGAGAUUGCUUUAUACAUAUGGAUGAAGGUCAAUGGACUGGAGCUUACAUCUGUGCCUGAAUUCUGUACGAUUAAUCCUGCUUCAUUCCAGGCGUCUGGUUGUGCCACUGGAUUUAAUAAAUCUCCGCCUGUUUGUGGCAAUCCACUACGCAAAGAAGAAAUAUUUGUUGCAAUAAAAACAUGUAAAAAGUUUCACAAAGAUAGAAUACCUGUUGUAAAGCAAACAUGGGAAAAGCAAGCGGCAAAGUUUGAAUACUAUAGUGAUUAUGUUGACCAAACAAUACCAACAACAGAUUUAGGAAUACCAAAUGUUGAAAGAGGCCACUGUGGAAAAACCUUUGCCAUAUUGCAAAGAUUUUUAAAUAUCAGCAAUUCACAAAUACAAUGGCUUGUCAUUGUUGACGAUGACACACUGAUUAGCCUUCCAAGAUUACAGAAACUGCUCAGCUGCUAUGAUCCAAAUGAACCAGUCUUCCUGGGAGAACGUUACGGUUAUGGAUUGGGUACUGGGGGAUACAAUUACAUUACUGGUGGAGGAGGCAUGGUGUUUAGCAGAGGAACAGUAAAGAAAUUACUGAAAAGCAAGUGCCGAUGUUAUAGCAAUGAUGCCCCUGAUGAUAUGGUUCUUGGUAUGUGUUCCAGUGGCCUUGGAAUUCCAGUCAUUCACAGUCCACUUUUCCACCAGGCACGGCCAGAUGAUUAUCCAAAAGAUUACCUUUCUCACCAAGUGCCAAUAUCAUUUCACAAGCACUGGAAUAUUGAUCCAGUUAAAGUCUAUCAUACAUGGCUGGCUCAGGAUGAAGACGAAGAAGGGCUUAAUAAAGAAAAGCGACUAAAGGAAGAUUUAUGAGUAUAACUUACACAACCUCAAAGAUUUAUUAUAGGGGACAUACUGCGGAACCUGUGGUUUACAAUGUACAGUAGUUUAAUUUGUAAUUUUUGUAUUGUGUAGACUAGAGAUGUUAUUUGCUGCAAUAGAAAUAUGAAUGUAUAUAAUUUAUCACUGUAGGUCAAAUUAAAGCUAGAUUUCUAUUCUAUCUCCUACAUAUUUUUCUUAUAUUUUCACUACAGUUAAAUGAAUGCCUCUCUUCUCCUAAAUAUAGGAUAUAUUUUUUAUUAGUUGUGUCUUAAAGUGUUAAGCAUUUCCUCGAUCUGUGCAUAAUGUUACUAUGAGCUACAGUAAGAUCCAUAUUUCUUGCACGUCAUCUAAAAUAGUUUAUAGAGGAGAUGUUUGAGCAUAACACCCCUACUGUUUUCUGCCUCUCAACAUUAAAGGGAGACUAAAAACAAAAAUACAUUUCUUGAUGCAAGCAAAGCAUACAACUAAAAAAAGGCAGCUUUCCAAUAUACUUGAGCUAUUAAAUUUGCUUUUUUUCUCUUGGUAUCCUUUGUUGAAAGUAAACCUUGAUAGGCUCAUACAUGACUUUAACACUCUAGGGCAGCAGUGUUGGCUGCCCCCCUGCACUCACCUCUGCAUCCAUGGUGGUCUAGUGAUCUGGCAUCUCCAGUGCAAUCCAAGUCCCUGAAAUCCAGAAUUGCCAUGCAGACAUACAGAUCUUAAAGAGACAGGGAACCCUAUUUUUUCAUGAUUCAGAUAGAGCAUACAAUGUUAAAAAACGUUUUAAUUUAAUUCUAGGCAUAUAUGUGCAACCACCAAACAGCAGCUAGCUCCCUUUAGUGCUUUGACUCUCCUGAGCCUAACGAUGUAUACUUUUCAACAAAGGAUACCAAGAAAAUGAAGCAAUUUAGAUAACAGAAGUCAUUUGGAAAGUUGCCAAGAAGUGCAUGCUCUAUCUGAAUCAUGAAGUUUAAUUUUGACUUUAGUGUCCCUUUAAAUUCCGUUAAACCCUAGUUACUCUCAAGACCCACUAUUUGAAGGGCAUUUGCCUGCUCUGUCAAACAGUGUUUGUAAGAAGGUUUUACAGUUUAAGCACAAUUUUAUAAAAAAUAAAAAUAAACACUUUUAAACUUGCAUUACACUUAUACCACUUAUAACAGGCUGUCAAAAAGGCCAAUAUGUCUUGUUUUAAAGCCCAGAAGCCUCUCUUUAAAAUACAGCUCUUAUAUACAUUUUUAUAACCAGGUGAUCACCUAGCAUGAAUAAGUAUACAUGUAUUUGAAUUGAGGUUCAUGGGAGCCCCUAUGUGCAGGUCAUAACUAUACCCAAUUUAUAUGAGUGUAACCCCUUUUUUUUGGGGGGGGGAACACAUACUUUGUUUAACCUUGUUUAUUAAACUUGGAAAAUAAAUUCACACUUUUUGUUGUA